CCAGGCCCGCUUUCCUCCGCCCCUCGCAAGAUGGCGGCGGCCGCCAGCGUCCCGGUGCGGGUUUGCCACCAGGAGAUCGUCAAGUUCGACCUGGAGAUCAAGGCGGCCGUGCAGGACAUUCGGGAUUGCCCCGGGCCGCUCAGCGCCCUCACGGAGCUCAACGCCGCCGUGAAGGAGAAAUUCCGCCACCUCCGCGGCCGCAUCCAGGAGCUGGAACAGAUGGCGAAGGAGCAGGAUAAAGAGUCGGAGAAACAAUCCCUGCUGCGGGAGGUGGAGAACCAUAAGAAGCAAAUGCUCAGCAAUCAGGCAGCUUGGAGAAAGGCAAAUCUAGCUUGUAAAAUUGCUAUUGACAACUCAGAGAAAGAGCAACUGCUGCAAGGAAGAGACUCCUUAAGACAAAGGAAGUCUACAAAGGAAAGUCUGGCAGAGAGUGCAAGUAACAUCACAGAGAGUUUGAUGGGCAUUAGCAGGAUGAUGUCACAGCAAGUCCAGCAGAGUGAGGAGACCGUGCAGACCCUAGCCAAUUCUUCACGAACCAUCCUGGAGGCAAAUGAAGAAUUUAAGUCCAUGUCUGGGACUAUUCAGCUGGGGAGGAAGCUCAUCACCAAGUACAACCGCAGGGAACUGACAGACAAGCUCCUCAUCUUUCUUGCCCUUGCCUUGUUCCUUGCCACAGUGCUCUAUAUUUUGAAAAAAAGACUCUUUCCAUUUUUGUAAAAUUCCAAACCCGAACUGAAGUAUUACAAAGUAUCAGAAAGAGGUGGCAUAACAAGGGCAGAGCUUUUAAAUAAAAUAAUAAAGGGAUAUUGCAAUAACUAAUGAGUGCUAGAGCAGGCAUGACUUCAUGCUGUCCCUGUGGAGCAUGUGACCUGCCUGAGAAGAGCUUGAAUGAGCACGAGUUGGGAAGAAACAGGUAGAUCCAGGUGUGGAAAGAAGACACCAAUUUGCCUGUAGGUUUGGGGAACCAGCUGAACACUUGAGGAUCUGGGCACUCACUGGUGCCAGUCAUAACCUUCAACCUCUCUUCGGUCUGCCUUGAAAUUAACUUCUGUCCUUGGCUUGGACUCAGAGUUGCUUUGGCAUCUUGUGUAAGGUGCUGAGAGAAGAGGAACUAUGGAAGAGA